AUGUCCGAAUCUAUCAGCAUCCCUGGUACUGUCCACCUUGUGGAUCUGGACCAUGACAUGCAUGCUCGUCAUGCCAGUUCAUCUGCCGACAUUGUCCUGAACCCGACUCCAUCCAAGGACCCCAAUGAUCCGCUGAACUGGACUCCCCGUCGCAAGCUCCUCUCACUGAUUUGUCAGAACCUAUAUACCUGGUUCGCUGGCUUUGCAGUGUCAACUGUCUAUUCCGUCCUUGUACCCCUCUCCGCUCAAUCUGGCGUUUCCAUCGCAACUCUCAAUGAGGGAACGGGAUAUAUGUUUCUCUUUCUUGGCUGGAGUCUUCUUUUCUGGCAGCCUUUCUCUUUGCGCUAUGGCAAACGCUUGACGUACCUGAUCUCUAUCCUUGGUGCAAUAGGCACCAGUAUUUGGAGUGCAUAUGUCAAAAGCAAUGGCGAAUGGCUAGCAAAGUGCAUUAUCCAAGGCUUCUUCAUUUCGCCCAUCGAAGCUCUUCCUGAGAUCUCAGUCACCGACAUUUACUUCACCCACGAGCGCGGUACAUACAUGGGAAUUUAUUCAUUUGCCCUCGCUGGCAGCAACUACUUUGCCCCAGUUGUAUGCGGCUUCAUCGCCGAUCACCAAGGCUGGCAGUUUCUCUCUCAGGGUGAGAUCAAGAAUGAAAAGAGUGAUCCCGUGACUGCAGACACGCCGGCCGCGGAGAAUGGCGAGGUUUAUAAUACCCCCAAGACCUUUAUCCAGAAGAUGUCGCUUUGGCAGCCGUCGCCGGGACAAAACAUGCUCACGCGAUCGUGGCGAUCGUUGAAGUAUCUGACUUGGCCUGUUAUCUUCUACGCCGGUUUUUCCUACGGUUCAUAUCUCAUCUGGUUCAAUGUUCUCAACGCAACGGCCUCACUGAUUCUUUCCGGAGAGCCCUACAACUUUAGUUCAUCUAUGGUUGGCCUUAGCUACCUUGCUUGUUGCGUCGGUGUCAUCGUUGGAGCUCUGGUCUCUGGCAGACUUAGUGAUAUUCUGACCAUCAGACUUGCCCGUCGCAAUGGCGGAAUUAUGGAAGCUGAAAGCCGCCUUUGGCCAUUUGCCAUCUGUGUCGUCAUGGUACCAUGUUCACUGAUUCUCUGGGGUGUCGGAGCUGCCCAUGGAGUCCAUUGGUUCGGACUUGUCUUUGCGAUGGGAUGUCUCGCCUUCACCAGCGCUGUAGGCGUAACUCUCAGCGUCAACUAUCUCAUUGAUAGUUAUCAUGGCAUUAGUGGCGAUGCGAUCGUCACGGUUAUUCUCAUUCGCAACACCAUGUCUUUUGCAAUCAGCUAUGGCAUUACCCCUUGGAUCACUCAUCUUGGGUAUCAGAACUGCUUCAUUUCCGCAGCUUUUGUCGGAAUGGCAGCCUCCUCUGCGUUCAUCAUUAUGAUGGUCUAUGGCAAGAUGUUCAGAACUCGUAGUGCUGAGAAAUAUUAUGAGCUGGCUGAGGAUGGUCAAGCAAGCCACUGA